UAGACUAAUGGACGGUAACACUGUAAAGGCGAUAUUGUUCGACUUGGACAACACGCUCAUUGAAACAAGUCGAGCAGGCGGACAUGCGAUACAGAAGACCAGUGAACUCUUGAAGACCACGCUGGCUCUUGAUGACGACACCAUCCUCACCAUUUGCAACAAGUUCAAGCAGAAGCUCCAGCAUGAGAGCUUUGACCCGGCUGCAGGCAGAUCCAUCGAUGAGGUGCGUGUGGGUCACUGGGAGGAGAGCCUCAAGGAAACUGUGGGCAGCCGUUCCUCACCUUCUCUGGCAGCUCAGUGCUACUACAUGUGGAAAAACACUCGCCUGGAGGUUCUCAAUCUGUCCCCAGAAAUAUGCAGCCUCCUGAGAGAACUCCGGGGUCGAUACAAGCUGCUGCUGCUGACCAAUGGAAUAACUGAGACCCAGAGGGAGAAAGUGGAGGCGGUGGGCUGCGAGGAGUUCUUCGAUGCCAUCGUGGUGGGGGGAGAGCACGCGGAGCAGAAACCGUUCGUCUCCAUCUUCAAAUUGUGUUUCAACAUGUUGGGGGUGGAGGCCAAGGACUGCGUUAUGGUCGGAGACUCUCUGGACACGGAUAUUCAGGGAGGGUUCAACGCUCAGGUACGGGCCACAGUUUGGAUCAGCAGUGCAGGAGGCUCUCUGCCAGAUGGUUCAGUGAAACCAGACUACACUAUCCCCACUGUGCUGGAGCUGCCACAUGUUCUGGAACAGCUGAAAUAAGGACAACUGGU